AUGAAUCUUUUGAGACAGAUUAAGGAUCUUUUGGGGAUGGUUGAGUUUGAGUCGAGGCAUGUGUAUAGAGAAGCCAAUAUGGUUGCUGAUAGUUUGGCGAAUCAGGCAGUCUCUGUUACUCAUUUUUCAGCCAAGUAUUUUAAGGGACAGCAUUUGCUCAGGAACAUUGGGAAUGUGCAUCCUAAAUGUUUCAGAAUAUUAAUCCCUUGGUUUGAAGUUGUGGUUGCAAAUACAAAGCUUUUGGUAGGAAAUGGCUGCACUGCAGAUUUUUUGUUGGAAGAAGUUCAAGUUUAUGGUAUUUCAUUAGCUUCGCAGAAUGAUAGACUGAUUUGGCAGCUAAAUUCUAUGGGAAAAUUUUCAGUUAGAACAACAUGGGAGCUUGUUCGAAUUAAAGGAAUGGCCAAUCUUGCAGGGGAAAUUAAUGAUGCAGACUCUUAACGUUCAUUCUUAAAUUACAGCAGUUAUUCGAAUUAAGUGGGUCAGCUGGUUAUGUCCUCCCACUAGCAAACUCAAAUUGAUUGCUGCUGUUUGGACUCUCGGCUGUCUGCCUUCAACUGCCUCAGCUGCUUCAGAUGGGCUCCUUUUUGCUUCAGCUGGAACCGCUUUUCUGUUUCAGUUGGAUUCACAUAGCUAGAGUAGCUCAGCAGUCUGAUUGGUUCGCCUUUUGCUUUUCUUUCCUUAUUUUAUGUAAUUAGAUUGCAUCGAGAGAUAAG